CAUUCAAGCUUUAGCUCAAGUAGAGUGCUCGUUUAUAAGUGCUUUUUUUUAGAAGUACUGACGGAGAGUCGCUCUGGUUGCACAAGAUGCCGGAGAAAGGGACGGUGUUUGCGGGCGAAAUGCGCGAUGCAAUGCGCAGCUGGGUGACUGCCAAUGACGAAAACCGGCACCAAAAUCAAGCGGAGGGCUUUAUCCGCAUGGACAUCCGACACAAUCACUUGGAGCAACGUUGGCACGAUCUUCGCUUUGACCUCGACUCCACCAUUUUUGGUGUGAAGGAGAAGCUCCACAAGCACGGCGCAGGAUCCGUUGCACACAUGGAGCUCUAUCUGAGAAGGUACAGGUCCACUAGUAGGGAAUUGCUGUAAUGUAGCAUUUACAACGCGGGCUCAUGCGUGAAAGGGGCGCGCGGGCGCGUGCGGGACGUCAUGUCUACAAACGAUGGGUUGCUCUACUAGGUCGAUGUUUUGCCGUGAGGCGUCUGUCUCUCGAUGGACAUAUACACCAUAGCUUUAGGAAGGUGUCGAUGAACGUGAAGAUGAGCAGCAUAUCCUUUCUUCUGGCCAUCUCGGCUUUUUGUUCUUCUACUUUCAGGUCGGGGAACUCGGACACCAUUUUUCUCUAUGAUGACUACAAGACGCUGCGCACCUACGGGGCUGGGAACGACAUGGAAUUAUUCAUCAAAGACACGGAUCCGUACUCGCUGGCCGCGGGCGGAGGAUUGGAAAACGUAAACUUGGUGGAGAAAUACAAAAUGACGGACGAUGACUACGACAAGAGAGAGAAGACCCUACGCGCGCACGUAAAAGCGGAACGGGAGAAAAACCCGAACUUCCGCAUGUUUGCCAAGAAACCCGGAGAGGGAGGCGAGGGGGAGCCGGCGGCGGAGCGCCCAAAAACGCCCGAGGACGUGCACGUUGCCUACGGCGUCGGCAAGCGGUGCGAGUGCAACCCCGGAGGGAGGCGAGGAACAAUCAAGUAAGUAGCUAGUUUUACAUGGUUGCUGCAUUUACGACGUUUCAGUCAUUCUGAUGUAUUUUCACAGUGUCGAGCUCUCAACAAUUAUGUGCAUUUAUUUUUCAGUGUCAAAAACCAUAACUACCAAUAAGGUUUGUCGGCCCAGUGAAAGGUGCGCCCGGGACCUGGAUUGGUGUGGAGCUAGAUGAGCCCCAAGGCAUGAAUGAUGGCACAAAAGACGGGGAACGCUAUUUCGACUGUCGCGGCGAAAAAUACGGUUGCUUUUCGCGCUGUGAAAACGUCGUGGUCGGAGACUUUCCAGCUUUGGACCCGUUUGCUUUCCUCGAAGAGGAGGACGAAAUUUGAUGAACUAAAAGUUAAGAACAGUGUAACGAUGUCUACAAAGCUUUGAUGCAGAAAAAAUGAUGAGCCAACAGAAAACUCACCAGUAUUAUUCUUGCGCAAGCGUUGCAUGUUACGUUGCGGGC